AAGCCUCGAUAGUGUUCUUCUACUGAUUUUUUUCUGUCGCUUUUGCUCGAUUCUACUUUCAUCACAUUUCUUUUCUGCAUCUCAAAAGAUUCCUAGAAUUCUGUAGAUUAGGGUUUUCCUCUGCAUUCACGAAGAUGAGAGAUUAUAUGUCUGUAGACAUCAGUUCAUACUUUUGGAUGAGAAACGGAACUUGCAGUAGUAAAGUGGGUUUGUGGAAUGCAUCCAACUAAAAUGAUAAAUUUUGUCUGUGAUGAACAAGAUUGUGUUCCAGCCAAUGCUGAAGCCUGGACAAAAAUGAGUGUGUCAAAAGCAUCGGGGACGAAACAUCCGCUUGUUCCUCUUGCAACCUUGAUUGGUAAUGAGCUGAGGAGCGAGAAAGUAGAGAAACCUCUUAUCAAGUAUGGUCAAGCCGCUCUUGCUAAGAAAGGAGAAGACUACUUUCUGAUCAAAACUGAUUGUCAGAGGGUACCUGGUGAUCCUUCAUCGGCUUUUUCAGUUUUUGGGAUAUUUGAUGGACACAAUGGUAAUUCAGCUGCCAUAUAUACUAAGGAACAUCUUCUGGACAAUGUGGUGAGUGCUAUACCUCAAGGCGCUAGCAGGGACGAGUGGCUUCAAGCUCUUCCUAGGGCUUUAGUUGCAGGCUUUGUGAAAACUGACAUUGAAUUUCAGCAGAAAGGGGAAACUUCUGGAACAACCGUGACUUUUGUUCUAAUUGAUGGCUGGACUAUCACUGUCGCUUCUGUUGGUGACUCUCGCUGCAUAUUAGAUACCCAAGGUGGUGUGGUUUCUCUACUGACUGUCGAUCACAGGCUAGAAGAGAAUGUUGAAGAGAGAGAACGCAUAACUGCCAGUGGAGGUGAGGUCGGAAGGCUCAAUGUAUUUGGUGGCAAUGAGGUCGGCCCACUUCGAUGCUGGCCUGGUGGUUUGUGUCUUUCGAGGUCCAUUGGUGAUACGGACGUGGGAGAAUUUAUUGUCCCUAUACCACAUGUUAAGCAAGUGAAACUUUCCGAUGCUGGAGGGAGACUCAUUAUAGCUUCAGAUGGUAUAUGGGAUAUACUGUCUUCUGAUAUGGCUGCAAAAGCUUGUCGGGGUUUAUCUGCUGAGCUUGCGGCUAAACUUGUUGUUAAGGAAGCAUUGCGAACAAAAGGGUUGAAGGAUGAUACUACUUGUGUAGUUGUUGACAUAGUUCCAUCUGAUCAUCUGGCCUUGGCUCCAACACCCACAAAGAAGCAAAACGCAUUCACCUCAUUUCUGUCUAGGAAAAACCAUACCGCUGCCAACAACAAAAAUGGGAACAAGCUCUCUGCUGUAGGAGCUGUGGAAGAAUUGUUUGAAGAAGGUUCUGCUGUGCUUGCAGAUAGAUUGGGAAAGGAUCUUCUCUCAAAUACGGAGACUGGGCUUUUAAAAUGUGCUGUAUGUCAAACAGAUGAAUUUCCGGGUGAAGGCUUAUCAAGCAACGGGGGAUCUAUCAUCUCCUCAGCGUCUAAUCGUUGGGAAGGUCCCUUCCUAUGCACAAUAUGCAAGAAAAAGAAAGACGCUAUGGAAGGAAAAAGACCAAGCAAAGGUUCAGUGACCACGUAAAGCCACUUUGCUCUAGGAAAAAAUCAUGAUAUCUGGUAAGAAAUUCGUAUGUUUUCUUAUAUAUCUUCUUCUGGGGUGCUCUGUGAGGUAGCCUGGUUUUGUGUUCUUUUCCCAGGCAUUGAUUGGAGAAGUAGCGGUAAUAGUAGAAGUGUAUGCAAAUGUUUGUAGAGAGAGAGACAAUAGAUCCAAUUCUUAUCUAUUGUUUGAGAUUUCCCUAGUUUGCUACUCGGCUUAUGCUGACCAUUUACCUUAGUAGAUGUGUUUUUGCUUGGGAAUUGCUGAUAAACUAACAAGAGUUUCUAAGUUGUAAGUAAUCUAUAUUUGAUUAUUGUCAAUCCUAUUGGUCCCUUUUAUUGAA